AUGGGCAGUAAAAGAAAAGAAAGCACGGUCAGCGAUACGAUAUCCAAACCGGCCGUGUCGGGCUGGGCAUGGGUGGUUCUGUGCGGUGCUUUUGUUAUCCAGUUUAUGGUAGUUGGCUUUCUUGGCUCAAUGUCUGUCUACGUUUUCGUGUGGAUAAAUUACUUCGAGGGAAGCGCGGCCCAGACCAGCCUGAUUGUGUCGCUUUGUUCUUUCCUGAUGGGUGCCUUGAGUCCAGUGGCCGGGGCAAGCUGUAAACGCUUUGGACCCCGUCUGACGGCUAUGGCAGGUGGUAUGCUGAUGUUUGCAGGCGUAGUAAUCUCCUCGCAGGCGACUGGUAUAAUAUUUCUCAUUUUGAGUCUCGGCGUUUUAACGGCAUUUGGAAUGAGUAUGGCGUUGAAUGCUUCUUAUAUGAUACUGGGUAUGUACUUCGAGAAACGUCUGGCUACAGCCAUGGGUUUAGCCACUGCUGGAGUCAGCGUAGGACAGUUGGCUCUUCCACCUUUCUUCCAGUACUUGAUCGAUCACUACGGAUGGAGAGGGUCGCUGAUGAUAACUUCCGCGCUAGCAUUUCACGUAGCUGCUGCUGCCGCCGUCAUGCGGCCGCUGCUUAUCCCUAAACCGGAUAAGUCAUCUAAAAAGUCUGGAGGGGGCAAGGUAGAGCAUAAGGCCAAAGGAGAAGAAAACGGCAAUAAUAAUGAAUUGACUGGAGUUGGCAACCUUCGGGUCCUGUCCUUUCUCAACCCAUCGAUCUUUGACGCGGAAGAUCAAGUCGGUUCGCCCAAUGGCAUGGCCCUAGGAGAAGGAUCGAUCUUCCAGGAGGAGCCAGACGUUGCCAUGACAACAAAGUUCGAAGAAGAUGAGGACAGAAUCCAGUAUAUCGACGACGAUUCUUGGAGUCUGUCAUCGACUCGGGAAGGAUUAAAGUCUGCCAUGAACCACAGUGUCUGGGUACCGGUCGCCGUGACAGCCUUGAAGAGCAUGCCAGCGGAGGGGCGUAAACAAACCUCCCUUCCCGGCCGCAAACCUAGCUUAGCAUCCAUGCUAACCCAGAGCUUGGAGAAACAGCCUUCUGAAUUCUUGUGUCUCCUUCGGAAUCCUAGCUUUGUGAUCAUGCUGGCAGUGAGCGUAGCACACGGCUUCGGCUGGGCGUCCACCACCUACCAUUUGGUAUCGCGGGCCGAGUCUAUUGGCAUCGAGCCACACAAAGCCGCCUUACUUCUCACUUCAUUGGGCACAGGCAGUCUCCAUUCAUAA